UCACAUUUCGGUUCCUCCGCGACACGGCCACGCCGACGUCUUCGAGUCUUCCUUCUCUCUCUCCAGCCAGGCCGGUUCCCUCGCGAUCGUACGCACGGUCCUCCCGCGCGUGUAUAUCUGUUUCUCGGUGGCCGGCGCGCGCGUGCACGACAGAGACCGACGUCGAGGUCCGUUCCGUGACCAACGAGACAGAGGGAGAGAGAGCGAGAGCCAGAGAAAGAGGGAGAGAGAGAGAGAGAAAGAGAGGGACCAACGACGACGGACAGUUACGCGUGAUUCGUUCCUCGCCGCGGCGAUGCGCGAUGCAAGUCGGUGACUCGAAUUCGGUCGGGUGAAACGAACACUCGAGCCACCAGUGUGCACGCGGCCAGUGUCCCGAAACACCAGGAAGGAAUCACGGGAAACUGUCUUGCCUGUCGUUCGGUUCGGUGUCCCGUGAUCGGUCUGUCGCAUCGGGGAACAGUGCUGGGAUCGGUCCCGUAGGAUCAUGUGCCGCGUGGACGUGUGUACGGGAGACCGGUGCAGACAGCACGUCGUCUAUCAGUGAGUUGCGUCCCGGAGAGAUCGAAGAUCGCGGGUCGAGUGGGUUCCUGGUCGAAUCCCGGGAGGUCAGUCGCGAUCGUUGGCGCGGGUCUUGUUGUUCGCGGACCAUUCGCGGGGCUCUUAUGAAUGAAACGUGCUGGCCGGCGCGUCGGUGCUGCUGUUGCCUCUCUUCUUGAGUCUCGAUCGGACGGACGGUAAUACGGGCCUGGGCCUCGCUGGACGAACUGUUGGGCACGAGCGCGAUCAGGAAGAAAAACACCUACACGAAGGUGGCAGAGACAGGGGUGGCGAGGGUCACGGGGUUGGGCCUAGGGGUGGCAUCAUGGACUCUCAUCAGCAUCAGUUCUGUCUCAAAUGGAAUAGUUUCGGCAGCAACUUAGCAACGGCGUUCUCAAAUUUGUUCAAAAGCGAGAGUCUGACGGAUGUCACCCUGUUCUGCGAGGGAGUAACGUUCAAGGCACACAGAUUAAUCCUCGCAGCAUGCAGCAAGCAUUUUCAAGAACUCUUCGAAGGAAUGCCUCCUUCUCCCGCGGGACUGAUCGUUAUUCUCGACGGGACGAGUGCCCACAAUAUGGCGUCCCUUCUCGAGUUCAUGUACCGUGGAGAAGUACACGUGUCCCAGGAAUCCCUCAGCUCUUUCCUCAAAGCGGCCGAAUGCCUCCAAGUGAAGGGUCUGUCCAUCGAGCACGAGAAGCUGGCGGUGGCGCAAAGGCACGCAGCAGAAAAUAACGCGUCGACGGACACCGGGGGUGGCGGCGGCGGCGGCGGCGGUGGCGGCAGCGGCAGCGGCGGUGGUGGCGGCAGCGGCAGCGAGAACGGUGGAGGUGUCAGCGGCAGCGUGAACAGUAACGUGGGUGGUAGCGUCGGUGGCAGCGUCGGUGGUAGCGUGGGCGGCGGGAUCGGUGGCGGUAUCGGCGGCGUCGGCGAGGUGAGCGACUUGAGCGAAGCGGGUGAAGCAACCAUGGUGAGGAACACCAUGAAGAGGAACCGCACACCGACACCGUCGCCAGCCCCGGCCUAUCCUGUGCCCAGCCUCUACUCGACCUCUCACUAUUACGAAAACCCGCCGAAAAGGCUGAUGAGAUCGCCCAGCGACGUGGAUGCCCUGGGAAGGGCGAGCGUGUUGCGCGAUGGCACGGCCUUCAGGCCGGCAUCCGCACCGCAUCCGCUUCUACUGGAGAACCACUUUUAUCAACCCUUCACUCACCCUUCGGAGACGCCCGCACACUCCCAUACCGCGCCCCAUACGCCAACGGAAUUGGAACAGGAACUGGAACGUACGAGGUCCGAGGAGCGUACCAGUUGCGAUCUCAAGGAAAGCGUAGCCGAAGAUCUCCGAAUAAAGCAAGAACCGGUGGCAUUAACCGAUCAAGAAAGAGCAGACAAAUUGGCGGAAAGAUUAUCGGGGGAAGUGUAUUCUGGGGGAAGGGGGUUCGAUGGCAGCCAUUACGGACAGAAUUCGGACCACCUUCAGCACAGUGCGCAAAUGGGCCCCGCCAUGGUGCCCAUGCCACCGGCUCAUCCCCCAACACCUGAUCUCAGCCCUGCACCAACUACCCCCGCUAUGUGGAACUCGAAGAUCAACAAGGCCGGCACUGUUCGGACUCCUGACGGAAAGAAGUUGAAGUGUCCCUUCUGCGAGAAACUCUACGGCUACGAGACGAACCUGCGCGCCCACAUCAGACAACGUCAUCAAGGUAUCCGGGUGCCCUGUCCGUUUUGCUCACGGACGUUCACGCGGAACAACACGACCAGACGGCACAUCGCGCGGGAGCACAAGGCCGAGCUGAACCUGAAGGCGUUCCAGCAGUCGAACCACUCGGUGACGGACACGGUGCCGCAGUAAAAUGGUAGACGUGUUCAAGGUCGUUACCAAUACCGUGCGCGAGGAUAGGAGGGUAGUCGGAGCACGGUUCCUCGUGUAACCCGCGCGGAUGGCGCGCGUAACGUUCGCAAGAAGGACUACGAAGAAGAUGGAAACGAGCAAGUAGAGGCGGUCAAAGGUGUCGCAGGAUCCACCUUUUCCGUUGGUCGUCGGUCAACGCCGUACCCAUCCUACGCGUCGCAUCCGAAUGGCGGUCCGGAGUCGCUUCGGCCGAGGUCUCCGCGAUGCAAUUGACAGCGGACGGUAGCCGGGACCCGAGAGGAUCCCGGCCCGCAGGAUUACAAAGGGUGAUCCUCGCGAUCCCUGCUGGGUGAACGCGACGAUCCGUUCGUAAUAGUUGUCAAUUACGGGGGUCCUCCGACUCGAUCGCGGGUCUACGGAUGAAAGGAUCUCCGAUAGAGCUCGGGGAGGAUCGGUCGGGGGGGAUACCUUCCACGACCCGCGAUCGAAACGGCUCCGCAGAAUUUGAUCCGGUGUUCCGUCCGCUUCGGCGGUCCGUCAACGUUUCGACGCUUGGGAACGUUGCGACCCGCCCGAGGAAGAUGGACGCCGCGUGGACCCGGAUGACGACGGAUAGAGGCGUUGACCGCGGAAAUAGGAAAAUUAGUCCCCAGUGAUCGGAUCACGAACAGAAGGUAGAGAUUGGCGGAUGUAGAGAAGAAGAGCCGGUAGGAGGAAGAAGCUCCGGGGAACGCGUCGACGUCCGAUUCCUCCGAGCGGAGUAGUUUGCGCUCGGAUAGAGAAGGUGAGGCAGGCGAUGGAGGGGUGGGAUAGGGGAGGUUGUUGCUGGAGUACGCUCGCGAAUCACAAAACUAGUCAAUGAAAGUGCAACGUCAUAUAAGAAUUAUUAACUAUAACGUUUAAAUGAGCGCGACGAAGAAAUGAAAUAGAGAGUAGAGGAAAGCGGACAGCUGCAAGCAAACUGAUUUGAGGUAAUGGUGCGGAUCAGAGUGAUGGGUCCAGCCUCGAGAUUCGCCGUCGAUGGUGGCGGGCCGGGUCGACGAAUAGGAGACCGCGUCUCUCAGGUGAACUCGUAUACCGUAAGCGGAGCAAUUUUUUUAAAAGCAAAAAGGAAAGAAAAAAAAAGAUGAAUCUGUUUUCCGUCUUUAUUUUUUAAAAACCGUCCUUCUUCGUGCGAGGACGGUCGACAGAUGAUAUAUAUAUAUAAAUAUAGUAUAUUAUAUACCGACCAAAACAAAACUUGGUGCAAGCGCUGUUGCGAAAUAAUAGAUGUAAUAGAAAUGUGUCUACUGCCGCUACCUUAUACUCUAUAUUAACGAUAGUUCGAACGUUACCAUUGAUGAUUAAGGAUUAUUAAUCUGCAUAUUGAUAAACCGCACUCGCCGCAGAGAAAACGGAAAAAAAAGAACGAUGUUACUACUGAUUUUAUAGAACUACAGAGGUUGAACUACCGGUACUAUUAUUGCUGUUGAUGUCGAGAGCCUAGGGUCGAGAACCAACGGGAGAACACGUUCAUAGUUUUUCUUUGUUUUUUUUUUAUCUAACCGAAGUCGCUCCUGUCAUUUCUCCGAUUUUCAGUUUUCUCUCGGUUGUUUUUUUCUUUCUUUUUGUUUUCUUUUUGUUUUCUUUUACGACGAAACUUUGUUCGAUCACGCGCCAGUGCCAAACAAGAUCGGCCGAAUCGACCCGCAGUCUGGAUGGAACCGGUCGCCGGUCUUCGUUCAGGGGUGAAACAUAUCCAGAGGAGGGGCGUGACUUCGCGAGAAUCGACACGCGUAUAAUUCGUUUUGUGUCUCUCAUCUCUUCGAUUCUCGUCUCGUAUAGAUGUAACCGUUUUAUAGAAGGGGGUUUAUGAGAUUAUUACCGCGAUUCUAGGACGGACAAGUUACCAUGUGUAGGCCACGUGCGAGCGGAUCGUUUCCCGGCGGUCGCGGCCGACGACCGUUUCGGACCCGCGCGCGCACGCCCGGAGAACGAAAGAGGAUCGUAACCGGUCGCCGAUCGAGUUUCGACCAUUUCGAAUCUCCGAACGAUGGACUACCGCGAGCCGCCCGUUCGUUGGAUCCGUGCGAACAGGUGUCUCCUGGAGAGCCCUCCCCGUCCGUUGCGCGUUCGAAACGGCUCGCCGCCGAUUUCUCUGUUCCCGAUGCUUUUCUAUAUCGACCUUUUUAGCGCGCGACCGAUCCCCGCGAUCGGUUCGCGUUCGCCGGGAAGGAUCGCGGCACGACGUUGACGUCACGCGAACAAUCACUACCACUUUGUUACCUGUUUACAAUGUUUAAUACGGACUUUUGUCCGAAGCAAUAGUUGCGGAUCGAGAUAAUAAGGGGACGACAACCAAUAGACCACAAUCGAUACAUAGAUUAAUUGCUAGCUCGGUUGUAUAGGAUGUAAUAUCAAUGCAAUAGUUAUAUUACAUUUACCUAUAUAGAUAGAUAUAUAGAUACUCCUAGUCAGGAUGGCACCACGAUAUUACUUGUUGCAGUAUUGACACGUUUAUCGAUGAUUUUAUUUUAUCGUUCCUUUUCUUCGCCUCAAUACCCCGUUUUUUGUUUCUUCUCUCUCUCUCUCUCUCUCUCUCUCUCUCUCUCUCUCUCUUUCUCUCUCUCUCGCUCUCCUUCUCUCUUCUUUCAUUUUCUUUUGCCUUGUCCUCUGUUUCCCCUAUCGUUUACUCUCUCUCUCUUUCUCUCUCUAUUUCUCUGUCUCUCAUCUCACUGCCUCUCUGUCUUUCUCAAUCUCCACUUUCAUAUCGCCUUUUAUAGUUGUUCAUCUUCUUGUUGCGUUACAGACGAAGUUUAAACAAAAGUUAUUAAUCUCACAACGAUACGCCUACCGCGAAGGUAUCAAAGACAAUAGACGAAUAGAGAAUUAUUUAGUGUUUAAACGAGAUCACACGCGAGCUAAGGGAUUGUAUGUAUAUAUUCGCAGAGAAGUAACGUUAUAGACACACGGUCGAUCGCAGAUUCUUUUUUCUUCUCACACGUCCCGAUUCACAAAACUUUCUUACACCCUCUUUCUUUUCACGUACGUUCGCGUUUUGCUGUUCUUUUCUCUUUCGUUUAGUCUUCUUAGAGAACCGCGCGACAAUGAUCGCGGGCGGCUCCGUUCGCCCGCGUCCUCUGCCAAAUGAGAUACGUAAUGACAGUACUACCUCAUCGUUUUUAUAAUAACAAAGCAUUAACAAAACACAGGGAACACUGAGCGACUACGAUAAUUAAUAUACCUGUACAUUCCGUACAGCCGAGAUAUACUACUUGUCCGGUUAGCCCGAGAAUAGUCGGGACUAUACUUCUGCUGUUAUACCCUGGGAAAAGGGUACGAGCGAGGAUCCGGAGACUUUUACCCGUGAAUUCCUCGAGUUUUCGACCUCUUCGUAGAUCAUAUCGGUGUUCGGAUAUUUCUGUUUCUGAUCGCCGGUGAGCCAUUGCCGAAGAGAAGAGAUAAUACCGCGGGUUAUAUUAAUCGAUUGCUUAAGAACAGCAGGGAAAUGAUUCCCCGAAAUCACUCGAGUCUUUGCUUCAUGUCCGUCUUGUAUUACCACGCGCAAGUACGAUAUCAAAUCUUUCGCCGAACAGUAAUUUUCUUUCGUCUUGUUAUCGCAUGGCGAUUCGAUAGUUGCCAAUUUAAUUUGAUUUACAUUACAACAUACGACACUCGUAUGCUUUUGAAAAAGAGAACAUUGUCCUGCAGCUUUCAUCGAAUCUCGUUUUAUCGUUUAAUUCGAUCAAAUAUGCUUUAUUCGCAUUUCAACACACAUUGUUAUUCGUGUUUCAAGCAAGUAUAAGUUUUAAGAAAGUCGUAGAAAAAUGCAAAAUUUUGGAAUACACAUGAAAUGUGAAAUAGAUGGAACGAUCUACGUGCAUGAAACAAGAGCAAAGAAACUCGAUUGAUCGUUAGAGCGAACCCAACUGCGGCUUUGCAAUGUUUCCAGGACCGACCUGCAGGACUUUUUAAAUUGCCGUUUGAUUUCUUUUUGAUAGCAAACAGAGAAUCGCCUUUCUAAAUGGCUACCGGCUAAAAUAGCAACAAAAUUAACUUACAGAAGCAUCGAACUUGAAGUCUACAAGACUAAAAAACUAGACUAAAUCUAUUGCAAUCCGAUCGCAAAAAACGUUUGAAAACGUUGAACGCCUCACGUUAGAACUCGAAGAAUUCCGGGAAGCCUUCGUGAUCCUCGGCACACGUGAUAUAUAAACUGUACGUAUUAUAUUAUAUAUAGAAUCCGUUUUUUUACAAAGCCGCAUUAUUGCAUAUGUACAACUAUAAUAUGUAACUGACGACUAGAAACAGUGAGAUACGUGGAUGGAUGCGUGUAUCUGUGCUGGCGUGAGUGGGGGAUGCGUGUGUGCAUUUGCGUGAUUUCUAAGCUCGAGCGCGUGUUUUACCUGGUGAAGAGGAAGGAGGAUAAAGCAGAACAAAAGGAAACAGAAAACCGGCAAAAAAUGCGAGAGAAGAAGUACACGCAUCGAAGAACAGUGCGAUUUUUGUAUCGUUCAACUGCGAGACGUUUGGCAUUCACGAAAAUCCCGACAAAAAAAAAAAGAAAGAAAGAAAGCGAUAGAGCGAUUUUCGAGCAGCGAGGAUCAAAUCCGGGGAAGAUGGGGUCAGAGAAACGAGAUUUCCGCGAGACCGUGGUUCGGUUUCGUUUCCCGAAGCGACAGAAUCACGUGACGAAAGUACGAAAACUAUUUUGAAACGAUUCCGAGGAGUCGAAGGAAAAAUCGAGGAACGAAACGAACGAUCGUCUCGAGGCUCAACGAUCGUCUCGAGGCUUGCCGAUCGUUCGGUUGACGAUGAAGGGAACGGAAGGGUUUUUGGGUGGGCGAAGGCUAAAAAAUAGAGCGAACGGUUAGAGCAAAAGGAAGGAUGCAGGACGUCGAAGGGAAGAACCGGUGGUCGGGUCGAGGGUGAUACCGAUCCUUUCGGGCGAAUCACUUAACCAAGGAUGGGCUACGAAACACUUAGAUGACGUGAAUUAGUCGUAGAGGGGUGGGAACGAAGGCGAGGGUUCGGCGACGCGAACGCUCGCCACGGGUAAAGGGAUUAUUAAAAGAAAAAAAGAAAAGUGUUAUGUGUCGUUUACGUAUGCGAUGAUAGGAACAUACACACGCGCGCACGCGUCCACGCGCGCAAACACACACACGCAUAUACACGCAUACACGUACACGCUCGAUAAAACAUACACGAAAACAAACGCGGACACCACGAGACGAGUACACGCGACGACAACAGGAACAUUGCACGGGAUACGUCGCAUGCGAUCCAGUUUUACGAACACGAUCACGAGUGUAAAUAUACAUAUGUGUAUAGGUAAGAACCACGUAUGCGUACUUUCAUUGAGUCUAAAUAGGUUUUUGUUCGUUCGUUAUUCCUUCGUUUUAAAAUUAAGUCGUUCGUUUUCUCGGCUACCCUGCCAAGCAGGAGCCAACCGAACCCGCGAAGGGGGAGUUAAUCUUUAGGUCGUACGUUGAACAUUUUCUUAGUCGUUAAGUUUCCUCGUUUUGCAUGGAACUCGCAAGUUCCAGAAGAAGUCUCUUUUUUCUUAGAGACGCAUAUAUAAUGGUCUACACGAAUAUAUCCUUUAGUUUCGAUGAUACAAGAUGCUUUGUUGGAAGCCGAUGUCACGUUCCAUCUUAAUAUCGGAAGAGGUCGGGGACAAUUUUACAUACGGUAAUAUCGAUAGAUCGCAAAUACACGCGACGAUCGUUUCUUUUUUUUUUUGACCUUAAUGUGUUCAACGAGUUCAUAUUAUUACGUACUUUCGAUCUCCCUCCCUACCAUUUCGAACAUCGUCCACUCAUUUUUUGUUGCGAGUACAUAAAAUCCAUAGCAGGUCGAUUAGAGCCGCACCGUGAAACAUGUUCUUAUCAUCCGUGCGACGAUAUAUUGCUCGCGGUGUUUCUAAACGAGAAUUUGUAAUUUGCGAACGUCAACGGACUCGUUGAAAAAAAAAGGAAAAGUGACAAGAAUUCGGUGCGGCUAGACUUCGAUUUAAAGAACGAUUGUUCCAGCACAAAGCAAAUGUCGUUUCGGUUUAAAAACAAUGAUCUCGGUCGCUAAAACUAACGAUUAAGAUCGCCAUUAAAAAUUGCUUACGGAACAUUAUUUUCUAUCAUCCCAACCGACAGAGUAUUUACGUAGACCGCUACGUAUAAAUAAAUUUAUAUAUUUAUACAUACAUAAAUAUAUAUAUAUAUAUUUUGUUCCUUUCUUUUUUUAGGUUCUCGCUUCGCUUAGGCGCGCGCCUAAUGGCGCAUAGGGGGUUGAGUGGGGAGGGGGGGAGAGGCACCAGGGUCGCUAAAGCGUUUCGAGUAUCGCAAGUGGGUUUAGGGUUUCGGGGCUUCGAAAGCCGGAUGUUCUUUUUCGUUUUAAUUGUUUCGUUGUAUUCGUGCACCGUGUAAAACGCGUUCUUGUGCACGCGGUAUAUAUAUGUAUAUGUGCACGCGGAGUUUCAUACACGUAAUGGAAAAAUCGAUGGUCGCUGGGGAUUCGACGGGAGAUCGCGAGAACGCGGAACGGCGUAAACACAUGUUCAUCUUUUCCGGAUCCAAUCCGACGAAAUAUAUCCGCAAGAUUCGGAUCGGUUGCUCCGCGGGGGAAGAAAACGACGCGGGGGCCAUCGAUUUUGCUUCGUCCAUUUCGUUCCGGCCGUGGCGGUCUCCUUCGGGUUCAAAAGUUCCCUCUUUGUUUCUCCAGUCGAUCCAGGACGCCCGUGCCGAUAAAAUAGAAAAAAAAAGAAAAAAAAGAAAAGAGCUUCCGUUCCCGUCUGUGCGGAAGAUGAAUAAAAUUAGGAGUCCCGCGGACUCCUGUUCCUCCCGUUUUAUUGCGAGUAAAGCGAGUAUCGAGGGGCUCGGGCUCGCGAGGACGCGAGGUUUAAUGAAAAUUUCCGCGGCGUUCCUGGAAGGGUAGUUUCCGGAGCCUGUA